GCGACUUUUCAUACAGGGCAAGAACAACCUUGUCGAAACCCAACCACUACACCAAACUAGAAUUCUAAAAGAACGCUUUGGAAUUGUUUUACCAUCCUUCAUUUCUUGGUUGUUUUUCUAUUAAGCGUGAAAGCUGAACAUCAUGAUUUCGUCUGCGGUCAUUCUCGUCGGCGGUCCUUCUCGUGGUACCCGUUUCCGUCCUCUUUCUUUUGAUGUUCCCAAGCCUUUAUUCAAAAUUGGAGGCCGUGAAAUGAUCUACCAUCACUUACAAGCGUUAUCAAAAGUCGAAAGUGUCAAGGAUGUUUUCUUGGUUGGCUUUUAUGAAGACUCUGUUUUCAAGGAGUUCAUUCAUGAAGCCUCGGUUGAAUUCCCCAUGUUUCAUCGUAUCAAAUAUCUCCGCGAGUACAAUUGCUUAGGCACUGGCGGUGGAUUGUAUCAUUUCCGUGACCAAAUCCUGAAAGGACAUACAGAUAAUGUGUUUGUUAUGCAUGCAGAUGUCUGCUGCAGCUUCCCCUUGAAUGAACUGUUGCAAUCACAUCAAGCAAAGGAUGCUUUGGUCACCCUUAUGGCCACUAAGGUGAACAAGGAAGAUGCCUCUAACUUUGGUUGCCUCGUAGAGGAUCCCAACACGAACCGUGUUUUGCACUACGUUGAUAAGCCUAGUUCUUAUUUAUCCAACAUUAUUUCUUGUGGUAUCUACGUUUUUGAUGCCUCCAUUUUCGACGAAAUCAAGAAAGCUUAUGAGCGCCGUAUUGAGGAAGUCGAGAAGCAACUCCGUUCUUUAGAUGAUGGAAUGGAAGAUUAUUUGAGUUUGGAGGAUGAUGUCUUGGCUCCUUUAUGCUCUGACUCCUCUAAAGCUAUUUUUGCUUAUAACGCACCUGAAUUUUGGCGCCAAAUCAAAACUGCCGGUUCUGCUGUCCCUGCUAACUCUCUUUACCUUCAAAAGGCUUAUCACGAUGGCACUCUUCCUCGCCCUGAUACGGAAGCUGAAAUCAUUCAACCUGUUUUCAUCCAUCCUUCUGCCACCGUCAGCCGUGGAGCUAAAAUCGGUCCCAAUGUUUUCAUUGGCGCUCGCGUACGUGUAGAUGAUGGUGCACGCAUUCGCAAUUCCAUUAUCCAAGAAGACUGUGAGGUUUCCUCUCAAGCUGUUAUCUUGCACUCUAUUCUUUCUCGUAAUUGCAAGAUCGGUAAAUGGUCUCGUGUAGAAGGAUCCCCUACCUUGCCCAGUCAGCACUCUACCACUAUCAUGCGUAAUCAUGUUAAAGUACAGGCUAUAACUGUAAUGGGUGCCGAUUGCCAUGUCCACGAUGAGGUGCGUGUUCAAAAUUGCCUUGUUCUCCCUCAUAAAGAGAUUAAGGUCGGUUUGGUUGGAGAAAUUGUUAUGUAAAAGCCUCCGGUUCUACUGUUUAUGAAGCAAGCAAACUUAUCUUUUACUUCCUCCGCUUUCUUUGAAUAGAAGAUAUAUUUAUAUAUUAUACAUGUAUACCAAAAAAAAUCACUUCAUAGAUUUAGGAAUAACUUGUACAUCAUAGUACGUAGUUUCCAGUGGGUUCAGAUAUAGAUAGCACGACUAAUAAAUCUGUUUCCUUCUGUUGGUCGUAAAAGCGUUUUGUUCUAAACUCGCUGUACUGUCAAUUUCACG